CUAAUUACUGGUUCGAGUCAGUUUACAAUAAUCCGUAAUUGCAAACUGAAUAAUCAUCAAUGCCAUAUAUAAAAGGCGAUUUUUGAGAAAAAAAAAAUUGUUUUAAAAUGUAUCGGAAUUUUUCUUUUAUAAUUUUGUUUUUCAGUGGUUUUGGUUUAGUGUACAGCAAGGAGUUGGCUAAUGUAUGUGAAAGUUAUGAUGGCUAUUUUACUGAUAAAAAUACGAAUCCGGAAUGUUUCUAUGAUCCAGACUUAGAUGCCAAUGUUGAACAAAGAGCUGUAAAUCACGGAUUAUUAGCAGAAAAGCACUAUAUUCGCACUGAAGAUAGUUGGAUAUUGAUUACGUUUCGUUUGAAAAACUUGAAUGGAACGUAUGGAAAAGGAGUCGUUUUUCUUCAACAUGGAUUGGGUACAGACGCGACCAGCUUCACGGGAAACGGAAAUAAAUCUAUUGCUUUUUUUUUAGCUAAACAAGGCUACGAUGUUUGGCUGGGAAAUUUCCGAGGCACUGAUUUUAGUAGCAGUCAAAAUUUACAAAACAAACAAUUUUGGGAUUUUAGUUAUCACGAACAUGGUUUAUAUGACUUACCAGCAAACUUCAAAUACAUAACAGCUAAAACAAAAUCUAAAAUAUAUUAUAUAGGCCAUUCCAUGGGUGGUUCCGCAAUUGCUGUUUAUUUCUCAACAAAACCAGAGGAAGCAUUGACAUUUGUUAAAUAUACGACAUUUUUGUGUGCAACUACUUAUAUGAGACACACUAAAGGACUCCUCAACUUCAAUAUCAUUAAUAAUUUAUAUGCAUUAUUAUUGAAUUGGAUCCCACAAGCUGUCUUGACUGGUCUUGGAUUUACUAAUAUUUCCGGACUAGAGUCAAUGUGUUUUGCAUCGAGGGAAAAUUUAAGGGUUUGUACUCGCCUUAAUGAGUAUGUUGCCGGUUCUGGAGUAGGAUAUAAGAUGUCACCAGAAAAAUUCCUCCUAGCAUGGCGGGCUAUCAAAAACCUAGGCGUUAAACAAAUGCUUCACUUCGCACAAACAAUUCAUUCGCGUGAUUUUAGGAUGUUUGAUUACGGGCCGCGACAAAAUAUGAUCCGCUACAACUCUAUAAUACCCCCGCCUUAUGAUUUGUCGAAAUUGCCCACCAAUAUCACUUUGAUAUAUGGUGCUAACGAUUAUAUUAGUACAAAGGAAGAUACUCUAUAUGUUUUCAACAAAUACGGAAAGCGAAAUUGGGAAGUCUAUGAAAUUCCCUAUAAUCAUGUGGAUCAUUUUUACGACUAUAAAUAUGCUGACAAAGCUUUCUUUCCUCUGUUACUUAAAAGUAUAAAUAAACAUAUUUGAGAUUUACUUUGCAUUUUUCCAAAUCAAAUAGUUUCGCAAUCUAUUCAGAUAUAACUGGGUCUGUGGACUCCAUAUCCGGAUGACUGGUGCUAAUUUCACAAACUGUAAAAUUCUUAAAUUCAAAUUAUUUUCAAUUGGUGAACCCUUCCAACGAUAAUGUUGCUUGAAAGACAAACGAAUAAACAAAUAUCAGUAGGUACUUGGGAAAACUGGGAAAAGUGGAAGCCGAUCUUUUCAGAGCAGAUCAAAUGUAUAACUUAUCAGGACAUAGCUUGAAGCUUCUUGUUGAAGACACAUUCACCAAGAAACAAGUACUUCCAGAGGAAAUACAUCUACUGGCCUGAAAUUACAUCAGCGCAUCUGUUGAAAAUUGAUGAAAUGGAUUCAAAUGAAGUUAAGCACAAUGAUGUUGGAAAUGCGGCAUGAUCUGGCUGUGGAAUGUUGCAUCCUUAGAAGAGUACAUCAAUUUCCAAUUUCAAUUUUGUCAAAAUAUUUUGGAUAAUAAAAAUAAAAC